AUGGCGUAUCUAGCAAAUCUACCCACAGACAUUUGUAAUGGACAAGGCAUAGGUGGCAGCUAUAUAGUUGGAUGGCUUCCAAUUGUGAAGGAAGACAGAGACUAUGCCAGCAAGCCAAGCUGGGUCAACUUCAAGAAUGCUGUUUGGCACAAGUCAUUCUCAAAGAUCCUCUCUCCACUAGCAUCAAAAUCUCACACAGGACAAUGGUUUGAGUGUUUUGAUAGUGUUCAAUGCUGGUUCUUUCCUUUCAUCCUAAUUUUAUUGGCUGAUUAUGAGGAACAGUGA